AUGACGGAUCCGUUAGAACAGAGGUACGCAGUGAAAUUUUGUGUUCUACUCGGCAAAAAUACUGUGGAAACCAACGAGAUGAUUAAACAGGCCUUCAAGGACAAAGCCUUGUCCGAAUCCUCGGUCAGGAAGUGGCACAAGAUGUUCCGUGACGGAAGGGAAGAGGUGACCGACGAAGCCCGCUCUGGUCGUCCUUCAACAUCGCGGACCGACGAGAACGUUGACCGUGUGCGUCAGCUUCUCAACGAGGAUCGUCGUCAAGGAGUGCGGUUGAUAGCACAGACCCUCAACAUCGCCAAGUCGACCGUGCAUCGCAUCGUGACCGAGGAGUUGCACAUUGCCUUCUUUGUUAGCAAGUAUCUGGCCAAAGCAGGAGUCCCGCUGGUCCCGCAGCCUCCCUACAGUCCUGACGUCGCCCCGGCAGACUUCUUCUUGUUUCCCAGCAUCAAGUCGAAGCUCAAAGGCAAGCAUUGGGGCACAAUUAAGGACAUCCAAGAAGCUACGACGAGGGCGCUAAAGGACCUACCCGUUGACGUCUUCCAGGGGGCCUUCCGGGCAUGGAAAACUCGCCUACAAAAGUGCAUCGAUGCUGAAGGGUGUUAUUUUGAAGAGUACUAA